AUGUUGGAACACCUCUCGUUUCUUCGCAUCUUUCUGAGCCUAGUGCUCAUUGGAGUCGUGAUUGUCAUUCGACGUCUUUAUUGGCAUCCUCUCAGCAAGUUCCCGGGUCCUGCCUUGCCAGCCUUGACCAGCUUCUACCAGUUCUACAUCUUCUGGACCCAUCAGGAGGGAAACUGGUAUAGCAAACUCCACGAGAAAUACGGCCCUGUGGUCCGUUGCGGCCCCAACCACCUCUCCUUCAACGACCCUUCCAUGGUCAGCACAGUCUACCACAGCAAAGUCGACAAGACGGGCUUUCACCAAGAGUUUUCUUGCCCCGCUGCUGUCUUUAACAAAAAGUCUCAUAUCGACCAUGCCGUGGCUAAGCGUCGUUUCGCCCAUGCGUACUCUCUACCCCGGGUCCAGCUCCUCGAACCUGCGCUAGAUGACCAAGUCAUCAGGUUUAUGUCAAAUCUGGCAGCAGAGAGCCAAAAAGAUCCCCUUGUCGACUUUGGAACAUGGAUCAGGUACUUUUCGUUUGAUGUCAUCACAGCCAUGUCUCUGGGUACCCCAGUUGGAUUCAUGGACGCCAAGGAUGAUAUCCGUGGCCUCAUCCGUAACAUGGAAGAGACAGCUGUCCGUGAGCAGCGACUCUCCCUUUUCCCACCCAUUUCAGCCUUUGCGCGCAAUAAUCCGCUGGGGCGGCGCCUCUUCGUGUCCCGUCCGAGUGAUCGUCGGGGGCUAGGACUUUUCAUGGCGGAGAUCCGUCAGGAGGUACAGCAGCGUCGCGCAUGCGCCGCCAAGCCCAAGUACGAGCAUUCAAUGCUAGACCAAUGGCUGGCCUCAUCUUCGUCAGAUGGCCAAGGGAUUCCUCAGCAGGAGAUUGAGGAUGAACUUCUAAUGGACAUGAUGGCUGGCCCGGAUUCCAUCGCCCUAAUGGCCACUAACCUCGUCUUCCUUGUCGCCGAUCAGCGCCCGAUCCUGCAACGAGCCCAAGCUGAGGUGGAUGCCGCUUAUGCAGACGGGCGCCUCAGCGGACAAGUCCCCACGUACGAAGAGUGCCGGCGGCUCCCAUUCAUCACGGCCUGCGUUAACGAGGGCCUCCGCUUCGUGGCGUCUACCUUCCCGCGCCGCCGGGCCUCGCCACCGGGACGGCCCUUUUCGCUCAGCGGCAUACACGUCCCCCCCGGCACGUCAGUGUCGUCGAGCGCCGCCAUGAUUGGCCGCCAUCCGGACCUCUACGGUGAGCAGGCGGAUCAAUUCCUGCCCGAUCGGUGGCUGGCUGCAUCGCCGGAGCAGUUGCAGGAAUGGGCCCGGCUUGAUGUCCACUGGGGAGUCGGAGUCCGCAAGUGCCUUGGCAAGCAUGUAGGGUUGAUGGCUCUAUACAAGACCCUUGUCACGCUCGUCCGGUCUUUUGAUCUCCAACUCGAAGAGACGACAACCAUUAAUCGAUGGAGCUACCCGUCCUCUGAGCAUAUGCUGUUGACCCCUCAUACGCCGCCCACUCAGUGA